AUGGAUUCAGACGACGAGUUUAUGAGCGAUGUUACUAGCGACGAUGAAGAUAUGGAUUUCAUCGAUACUCAGGGAAGCGAUGAGGAGAGCCUAGGAGAAGAUUUCGACGUCGACUUGGGCAACCCCUUUACUCUUAGCAAAGAUACCUCGAAACCACCCCCAAAGCCCUACGAGACUGAGUUCAAGACCUUGAGUCCCGGGGAUAUACAACGAGAGCAAGAUGGCCAGAUUAAUGAGGUUUCCUCUAUAUUAGGCGUACCCCCAGAGUCCGCUGCUAUUCUCCUGCGAUUCGUGCGGUGGAACCGAGAGAAGAUAAUCGAAUCAUAUAUGGAUCACCCCGAAAAAACACUAGCAGACGCCGGCUUGGGAACUGAGAUUUCUGGGACGCCGAAAACGGAAAAGGUUCCGGGUUUCAUGUGUGAAAUCUGCUGUGAGGACGAUGAAGAUCUGGAAACAUAUGCUCUGCUCUGUGGCCAUCGGUUCUGCGUCGACUGUUACCGGCAUUACCUUGGUCAGAAGAUCAAGGAGGAAGGGGAGGCGGCUAGAAUCCAGUGCCCGCAAGAUCAAUGCCAGCGUAUUGUAGAUUCGCGAAGCCUGGAGCUCUUGGUUACGGAUGAUCUGAAAGAACGAUAUAAUAUCCUCCUUACAAGAACCUAUGUGGACGAUAAAACGAAUUUAAAGUGGUGCCCUGCCCCGAAUUGUGAAUUUGCGGUUCAGUGCCCCGUCAAAACGCGAGAGCUUGAUCGAAUAGUACCGACAGUACAGUGCUCGUGCUCACAUGCGUUCUGCUUUGGCUGCACACUCAACGACCACCAACCGGCACCUUGCGCGGUUGUCAGAAUGUGGUUGAAGAAGUGCAAAGACGAUUCAGAGACAGCAAACUGGAUAUCAGCGAAUACCAAAGAGUGCCCCAAGUGUCAUUCGACGAUAGAGAAGAAUGGCGGUUGCAACCAUAUGACGUGUCGAAAAUGCAAGCAUGAAUUCUGCUGGAUGUGUAUGGGCUUGUGGUCAGAACACGGCACUAGCUGGUAUAAUUGUAACCGCUACGAGGAAAAAUCGGGCUCCGAUGCGCGCGAUGCCCAAGCGAAAUCUCGACGAUCUCUUGAGAGAUACCUCCACUAUUAUAAUCGAUACUCUAAUCAUGAGCAGUCGGCCAAGUUGGAUAAAGAUCUUUACCUGAAAACGGAAAAGAAAAUGAUGAACCUCCAGACCCAAUCCGGCAUGUCGUGGAUUGAAGUGCAAUUCCUAGAUACGGCAUCACGAAUUCUCCAGGAGUGCAGACAGACUUUGAAGUGGACAUACGCUUUCGCCUUUUAUCUCGCCCGUAACAAUUUAACGGAAAUGUUCGAAGAUAACCAGAAAGACCUGGAAAUGGCGGUGGAGAGUCUGAGUGAGAUGUUCGAAAAGCCAAUCGCCGACUUAGCGGGGUUAAAAGGGGAUAUUCUCGAUAAGACGGCUUACUGCAGCCGACGACGAUGUGUUGUACUGACUGAUACUGCUGAAAAUUUGAAAGACAGAAAGUGGUCAUUUAACGUUGAUAUAACUUUGAAAUAG